GGCGUGUAAAUUUCCGCUGCGGAGAGUGCCGCAAGUGGUUGCGGGGCAAAGUAAACAGUCCGGGCGCUUUUUUCCCUUUCGGCCUCUCGGAACGGUUCGGGAGUCUCGACAUCUGCCCAGAGCGUGCUCCCCGCCAAUAAUUUCUUCACCUCUCCGAGCACCGUGAGGAUGAUCCCCUCUGAAGACAAACAACCCGAGAAGUAUCUGGUGCGGAAGCAGACGGAGAAAAUUCCGAUCAGAGAUUUCGGAGUUGAAACUCGCGCUCGCUUGGAUCUUCUCUCUGAUCUCUCUGUUGUGCUCGACUGUCCCGGAGAUGAUUUGUUCGCGGUCGUCGGAUCCAUUCUGGAAAAGAUGUUCCCGAACGAGCCGAGUUAUGUCAGAUCUGCACUCGGGAAUAUUUUCUUCAACGGGAGCGAGACUAAUCUCAAGAACCAGAUGACAGCUGCUUCGAGCAAAGGAAACUCGAUUUCGCAUGACGUGUCGUUUCUGUGUUUGCCGUGUGCGAUCGCCGGGCCCGACCGCAGGCAUGUUGGAAUCGGAAGACUCCCGGAGAACUCCAAUCUCAGCGUCAACGGCGAGGCCCGAGUGUUAUUCAUCAUUGUCGUUGUGUGUCCGUUGCACGAAAAAGCCACGAAGUCCCCGGUCGAAGUUUCCAGAACGUUCUGCACCCUAUUCUCGGAUCCCGGGGUUCGGAAUCGACUUGUCCAAACCAAUCUCACCGCCUCCGACUUCCGUGAUGUUCUGAUGCAGAGCUCUAGAGAGGAGCAAAACUCCAUGCGAGCGGAGGACCCGAAAUCAGAGUCAUCCCCCUUGUCCACUAAAACUCAAAAGUUCCGACCGUUCCGCGGUCUGAUCGACGACGUGCGACGGCGAUUCCCGUUCUAUAAAUCGGAUUUCGUCGAUGGAGUUCGCGACCAACGCGCGAUAUACAAGACGACGUCGACGACCUUGUUCCUUUUCUUCGGAAUACUGCUGCCGCUGAUCGCGUUCGGCACUCUGAACAAUGUGAACACCAAGGGCAGGAUGACAGUCCGGCAGACGCUCAUAAGUCAAACAAUCGGCGGAGUUUUUUUCUCUCUGCUCUCUGGACAGCCACUUGUCAUACUGAUGACGACAGCUCCUCUGUCUCUGUACAUAAAGGUCAUCUAUAGCAUCAGCGAGGAGUGGGAAGUGGAUUUCGGUGCCAUGUACGCGUGGGUCGGGGUCUUCAAUAGUUUGUUCCUGAUCGUCUACGCGAGUCUAAACGCUUCCCGAAUAAUGCGGUGGUGUACCCGAUCGACGGAAGAGAUUUUCUCGCUCUUCAUCACCGUGGCGUUCUUCGUCGAUGCGGGAAAAGACGCCUACCACAAUUUCCAGAGGUAUCAAAAUCCCCACGCGACUAUUGCAUGCCGGAACAAAACCCCCCUCUCUGUCGGGACUAUUCUUCAAUUUAGAUACUACAGCUCGUGCGAAAACAAUGGUGGGGUGGACCCUUGCCGUCGGGAAGUGUCUCUUUUGUUCGUGCUGCUUAUGCUAACUACACUGUGGCUUGGGCUAACAUUGUUCAAGUUCAAAAAGUCUCCUUAUCUGCCGAGUUGGGCUCGCGAAAUCCUUUCAGACUACGCCCUGCCUCUGGCGGUGAUUUCGGUGUCGCUUCUCGGAGUCCUCGCCUUCCCGGACAUUCCGAGCAACGAAUUCAAAGACGAUUCGACGAAUUCGGCGUUCAUCGUAGCUCGAAUGGAGCGGAUCAGUGGCGUCCCACUGCUCAUCUGCUUCAUCCUCGGCUUCGCCCUCUCACUCCUGUUCCUCAUGGAUCAGAACAUCUCAGCGGCAAUGGUCGAUAGUCCUGCGCACAGACUCGUCAAAGGCUCCACCUACGACUGGGACACUCUCGUUGUCGCGAUUCUGAAUGGAAUCCUCUCGAUAUUUGGAUUCCCGUGGAUGCACGGCGUUCUGCCCCAUUCCCCGCUGCACGCCGAGAUGAUGGCAGACUUCGAGGAACGCCUCGUCGAAGGCCAUGUUUGUAAAGUCGUUGUGAAGUCCCGAGAAACGAGGCUGACUUCGCUGUUUGCCCACGUUCUCAUGGGUCUUUCACUUCUUUUGAUACCGAAACCGCUGGGACAGAUACCGACGUCCGUGCUAGACGGGCUCUUUCUGUACAUGGCGGUAUCUUCUCUCGAGGGGAACCAGCUCUUCGACAGGGUCCUGUUGCUCUGUACCGAGCAGGAGUCGUAUCCACCGAAUCACUACGUAAGGAGGUGUCCGCAGCGAGCCAUACAUUUGUUCACCUUGGCGCAAGUGGUCCAACUGGGGAUAUUCAUAUUCUUCGGAUUCUCGCCCUGGCCCUACGUGACGAUGACUUUCCCGCUCGUGAUCAUGGCGCUCCUGGUAAUCCGACAAUUUAUCAUACCAUUAUUCGUGGAUCUCAAAUAUCUGAAAUACUUGGACGGUAAAGAUCACUAGGCAAGCAAGAAAAAUAAAA